AUGGUCAACUACAUAUAUUAUGAGAUUGGCACGAUAUCUCUUUAUGGUGCACUGGAGCCUCCUCAGGAGGGAGCUCAAGUCGAUCCGUCUUCAACAACAGACCCGAUGGCGGUGAAGACUAAACGAUUAAGUCUGGAUAUGAUACUGUGUGUGAUAAACGGCUCUGGCAGUGCUCUGAAGAGGAAUGCUGUUUUCAUAGAGGAGAUUAAGUUCCGUCUGAUGUAUUCGAUUUUGCGUAAUUGUGUGUCACCUGUCCCCAAGAUAUUUACUCUAGCAUUGCAAGUUUUCGUGGCAGUAGCAACGAAUGCGGAUUUGAAAGCUCAUAUAAGCGCCCAAAUCGGAGUCUUUGUGGAAGAGGUUUUCAAGAGGAUAUUGAACUCGGGAAAUUCCAGUUAUCAGCACAAACAUCGUGUGCUGCAGGUUUUCUCAAAGUUGUGUACGGACGCUACUACUUGUCUUGAUUUGUUUAAAGAAUACGAUUGCAGUGUGACUGAGGGAAAUGUUUUUGAGGGAUCCAUAUCUACUUUGGCAAAAAUCGCGCAAGGAGGCGUUCCGAAGGGUGGAGGGGAAUUGGAGGCAGUUCAAGAAAAUAAAUUGAAAAUGUUGGCGCUCGAAAGUCUAGUUACGUUGACUGCUAGUAUGGUGGAGUUAUCUAAUCAGAACGAGCAGGAAGUGGAGGAAAAAGGAAACGAUGCGGCUAAUGCUAGUUGUUCGGGUGGAGAUAGUGAAAGUGGCGAGGGCAGUCCGAGGAAUUCUAUUAGUGCGGCUGUUGGGAAAUCGAGCGCUAUUGUGGCUAAGGCGAGGAAGAGGGAUGGAUUUGGUAUCAGCACUGAGGGAGUUCUUGGAUGA